UUGGAGGCGGCUGUAUUCCUUCUGUUCUCAAAUUCAGAUUUCCGUACGGACCCGCCAUUGCCAUUCCGAAUGGACCUCACUCCUUCCUCCCGCUUCCGCCACCGGAAAUCCCCCUCCUCCGAGCGCUUCCUUCUCUCCUUCUCUUCUCCCUCCCCCCGCCCUUCUAACCCUACCUCCGCCAACGCCCUCGACGACGACAACAACAGCGAGCUCAACGAGGACGACGUCUUCUGGACUGGCGAUUUCGCCGCCGAUUCUACCCACCAUACCCACUCCACUCCCUCCUCCUCCUCCUCCUCCACUCCUCGCCACCAUAUUCAUCACCUCCAGCAUCACAAGGCCUUCCCCCAGUCUGAGACCUUCGGUAUUCUCGCUGCCCUCCCUGAGAACGAGGCCUCCUCCAGCCUUCGGAACUCCUCGUAUUUCUACCAUAAGGCCUCCGUGUCCUCCUCCUCUUCCUCUUCCCCUUCCUCUUCUCGGAUGAUUCCGACUAUCCCUAAACCUCCUCUUGAGCGGUUGCCCUUGCCGAUUUCUUCCUCGUUGAAGUACCAGUCCGCUCCGGUCAAUGUGCCAAUGAUGUCCAAGGCGGCGGUUCAGAGACACCAAGAGAUAGAUGUGGAUGAUGUUGAUGAAAGUGAUGGGGAGAUGUUGCCGCCUCAUGAAAUUGUCGCCAGAAGUUUGGCUCAAUCGCCAUUGUUGUCUUGCUCGGUACUCGAGGGUGCGGGAAGGACGUUAAAGGGCAGGGAUCUUCGCCAGGUUCGAAAUGCUGUUUGGAGACGAACAGGUUUUCUUGAUUAGGGAUUUGAACUGCUUUAAUUACUUUUGGAGAAUUGAUUUGCUUAGUUCUUCGUCGUUUGACAAUAUUCGCCAGUCUGCGAGUGUCUGGUUCACUUUGACGACUGUUUGUGUCGCUCUUUUUGGAGUAUUGAGGGUCCAGGAAUAUUUGAAUCUGCUCGACACUCAUCGUAAGAAGGAAUUGGAAUUGGAAUUGGAAUUGGAAUUGGAAUUGGAAUUGGAAUUGGAAUUGGAAUUGUAAUUAUCUGAAGGGUGUUUAAGAUUUUACUUUGAAGUUUAUUUGUAGGUUUGAUCAUUAUCUAAGAACAUUUUUCCAAUCUAUUCAUAUUAAAUUCCCGUAA